UUGGGUUUUUUAGAAUAUUGAUUUAUAAGUAGUGUAUCGUUAAAAAAAAUUUCUACUUGUAACCUGGAGGUGGUUCUCAGACUUUUUCAGCUGCCAAUUUUACUCUUGAAUCUUGAUUCAAAUCCAUUUUACCAAAUAUUUCAGGUAAAAUGGAAAACUCAAACUUGAAUGCAAACCAGCAAAAGAAUCAGCUCCCAGAAGCGGAUUCGUUGCCAGAUGGAUUUGUGGACAGUUCCUCGGCAAAACCAUUGGCUCCCGGGGCUCCUGGACCUGAGCAGGAAGUGACUUCUAAAGAGGAAAAAUUAGUGAAAUCCGAUUCACUGGCUGAAGUAGUAGUAAAUGAUGGUACGAGUACAUCUCAGGAUAAAUCAUUGGAAAUUAUGGGCAAUCAAAAUGAUCAAGCAGUAACUAUGGCAGGAUCAGCGGAUGCUGGGGCAUCUUCUGGGGAGCGACACAUUGAAGAGAAAUCUGUUGUAAAAGGCAUAGACUCACAUCCAAAGGAGGCUCCUAUUGUAGAGGCCUCUGUAGUGAAGCGUAAGGCUGUAAAGCGUACCUUCAAAUCGGAGAAGGAAUUUUUGGAAUUCACUCUGAAGUACCAACAAGUUCUUGCUGAAAGAGAUUCUGCCAUUGCUGUUAGAGAUAAACUUGAGUCAUUGUGCAGGGAGCUACAGCGUCAAAACAAAAUGUUGAUGGAUGAAUGCAAGCGAGUGUCAAAUGAGGGCCAAGAUUUGAGAUUAGAUCUAUCAAACAAGUUUCAGGAUGCCAUCAAGGAAGUAAGCAGUAAGCUGGAGCAGCAAAAAGAUGAUUGUCUAACCCAGCUGAAAGAGAAUGACAUGUUAAAAACCAAGUUAAAACAAUUUGCCGAUCAAUAUUCCCUUUCUGAACAGCAACAUGCUCAGAAGUUGAAACAGAAAACACUUGAACUUCAGCUUGCUGAUUUGAAGCUUCAGCAACAAGAAGAGAAGCUGAAGCAGGAACAGUCCCAAAUGAAAUUGUAUGCAGAACAAGUGGCACAAUUGUUGGCCACUGAAAAGAAUUUGAGGUUGCAGUUGACAGCUGAUGGUGAAAAAUUCCAGCAAUUUCAGGAAGCUUUGCUGAAAAGCAAUGAAGUUUUUGAAACAUUUAAGCAAGAAAUUGAGAAGAUGUCAAAAUCAAUGAAAGAUCUCAAAAAGGAGAACACCUUCUUGAAGAGCAAAUGUGACAAAACAGACGUUACUCUCAUAGAAUUUGCUAAUGAGCGGGAACGCUUGAAGAAGCAACUGGAGAAAACACGAAAUCAGAAAGAAAAACUUGAAUCAUUAUGCCGGUCACUUCAAGCUGAGCGGAAGGCAAAUUCUGUUAAGGCUAAUAGCUCGGAUUCAGUUCAAGUUUAAACUAUUGCCAUUGGAGUAUGUAUGAAUCUUGCUGCAUCAGUUAGCAUCCUAGAUUUGUGAAACGAACUUCAAUAUACCAUAGUUUCAUUUUUGAAAGUGAAUUUUCCUGUAUUUUCAAGUAAAGAUGUCCUUGCAAAUUUUUGGUGCUCAUAAAUGGAUGUUUGGUAGGGUUUCAGAAUGUAUCCAUGUAAAAAUGUAAGGCUAAUACUUUAUAAUUACCUUGUUUACUUUAAUCUGUGCUUCUUUUACUUGGUUAUCA